AUGAAGAAAACAAAGGUCUCGAUCACUCGGGAAAAGAGAACCAGAGAUUAUGUACCGGAGGGAUUCAUUUCCUUCAGUGACGAAGACAUGGAGGGCAUCAUUCAACUUCACAAUGAUGCUUUGGUAAAUUCUAUCCUUAUAAAUAAAUCUCAGGUUAAGCGCAUUUUGAUUGAUCCAGGUAGCUCGGCCAACAUUAUUUGUUGGAAGGUGGUAGAGCAGCUGGGCCUGUUGGAUCAAAUUGUGCCGGCAGCUUGGGUUCUCAACGGGUUCAAAAUGGCAUGUGAAACUACCAAGGGGGAUAUUACUCUACCGGUGAACACAGCAGGGAUUGUUCAACAUACAAAAUUCUACGUCAUGAAUGGUGAAAUGAGGUACAACGCUUUAUUCGGCAGACCGUGGGUACACAACAUGAGGGAAGUGCCCUCAACUUUACAUCAGAUACUAAAAUUUCUGACAUCGGAGGGAAUAAAAAUAAUCCAUGGAGAACAACCGAUAGCAAAAGAAAUAUUUGCGGUCGAAGAAGCAACUCCAGCACCAACCCGCACCUAUGGACGCUGA